UGGGUUUGUGUCUCAGAUGAUUUUGAUGAGAAGAGGUUGAUAAAGGCAAUUGUAGAAUCUGUUGAAGGAAAGUCAUUAGGGGACAUGGACUUAGCUCCCAUGCAGAAGAAGCUUCAGGAGUUGUUGAAUGGAAAAAGAUACUUUCUUGUUUUGGAUGAUGUUUGGAAUGAAGAUCAAGAAAAGUGGGCUAGUUUAAAAGCAGUUUUGAGAGUUGGAGCAAGUGGUUCUUCAAUUCUAAUAACUACUCGUCUUGAAAAGAUUGGAUCAAUUAUGGGAACUUUGCAACUAUAUCAGUUAUCAAAUUUGUCUCAAGAAGAUUGUUGGUUGUUGUUCAAACAACGUGCAUUUGGCCACCAAAUGGAAACAAAUCCUAACCUUACGGCAAUCGGAAAGGAAAUUGUGAAGAAAUGUGGGGGUGUGCCUCUAGCAGCCAAGACUCUUGGAGGUCUUUUACGCUUCAAGAGGGAAGAAAGUGAAUGGGAACAUAUGAGAGAUAGUGAGAUUUGGAAUUUACCUCAAGAUGAAAAUUCUGUUUUGCCUGCCCUGAGGCUGAGUUAUCAUCAUCUUCCACUUGAUUUGAGACAAUGUUUUGCAUACUGCGCGGUAUUCCCAAAGGACACCAAAAUAGAAAAGGAAUAUCUCGUCACUCUCUGGAUGGCACAUGGUUUUAUUCUAUCAAAAGGAAACAUGGAGCUAGAGGAUGUGGGUAACGAAGUAUGGAAGGAAUUAUACCUGAGGUCUUUUUUCCAAGAGAUUGAAGUUAAAUCUAGUAAAACUUAUUUCAAGAUGCAUGAUCUCAUUCAUGAUUUGGCUACAUCUAUGUUUUCAGCAAGCGCAUCAAGCAGCAAUAUCCGCCAAAUAAAUGUAAAAGAUGAUGAAGAUAUGAUGUUCAUUGUACAAGAUUAUAAAGAUAUGAUGUCCAUUGGUUUCGUUGAUGUGGUGUCUUCUUAUUCUCCAUCGCUCUUUAAAAGGUUUGUCUCGUUAAGGGUGCUUAAUCUAAGUAACUUGGAAUUUGAAAAGUUAUCAUCAUCCAUUGGAGAUCUAGUACAUUUAAGAUACCUGGACUUGUCUGGAAAUAAGAUUUGUAGUCUUCCAAAGAGGUUAUGCAAGCUUCAAAAUCUGCAGACUCUUGAUCUAUAUAAUUGUCAGUCACUUUCUUGUUUGCCAAAACAAACAAGUAACCUUGUUAGUCUCCGAAAUCUUGUACUUGAUCACUGUCCAUUGACUUCUAUGCCACCAAGAAUAGGAUUGUUGACAUGCCUUAAGAGAAUAAGCUACUUUCUUGUGGGCGAGAA